UAUUCUGGUUAAGUGAUGAUAUAUAUGAGACAGUACUCGGCAGAGUGGUGGACAUUAUGCUCAAGGAAAGAGACUGCAUUGAGGAAAAUAAAAUGGUGCGCUAUACGUUGUUGGACUCUCUACGGAAUAAGAUAAUCACCAUUGCCCAAAUUACCAGUAGUAAUGCGAUUCAUGCAAAUCGUUGUGUGCCCAGCUACUUUGAUUUGGAGCGCACUUUUAAACAUAUGCGUAUAGAUGCUAAGGAUCUAGAGCCCAUACGCUAUGGAAAAGAACCGGAGAUAUCUCAGAUUGAAGUCCAAGAGACGCAAAUGCGCGAAGAAGAUUUCUUCAAGGAGUCUCCGGUAAUGCUUGGCUCUCGGUUGGAACGUGACUCAAAUACAGACAUCCAUAUACCCGAACACAUUCCACCGUUCCCCAGCGAGCACACCUACAAGGAGACAACGGUGGUCAAACAAAUUCAUAGAGACUUUGUCUCAGUGCGUGAGCGCCAUUCCACAAACCAGGAGUACAUAAAUAAUGCUCUAAACUCUUUCUAUCUGCGCACGCAGCCAACGACAUCGUUGUACCCUAAGAAGCAACACGACAUGAGACAUUUGUUGGUGGCCGCACAGCCGCCCAAGAAACCAGCCUUUUUGGACGCCCUAAGGCCAUGCAGUCAACUCUUUGAGAUGGACAUCUAUGAAUCUGAAGGGCAAACACAAGCAUCUCUGCUGAGUCCCUUUAGUAACAUUCCCAUUCGUAAUUCCGUCACUGUAAACACGCCAUUCCCGGAACCAGAUGUCUUACCGUGCAAGAGAAAGGCGACAAAACGGAAAAUGCAGGAUAAUUUGGAGGAGCUUGAUUGGUCGAUGCCCGAUUAGAAUGGCUUUUAAAAUAAUAUAUUUCUAAUGACAUAUUAGCUCUAAAGUACACCGAACUUUCUCUUUAUUUUUUCCACAUACUUAUAUUCACUCUGCCCGGGAUUUAUCCUUUAAAUACUAGUAUGUACAUAUAUGAAAAACACAAUGAGAAUAUUUAAACCUACUUUUGAACUAUAAACAGCCACAAAACAUGAUGUCGUACUCGAAACGAAUUUCUAAAACUGACACCAUAAGCAUAUCUAGUUUUGGACAUGCUCGAACAUGCUGGUAAUAAAACAUUCUCCACAAGACUCAAGAAGCACACACACAACCCUAUCUCACCCAUACUCUAUCUCUCUCUCUCUCUCUCCCUUCCACACACGCUUUCUGUGCCAGACUUCUUUGAACACCGUCUCCAAAAAAUGUAAUAAAACGCCAUGAGCGGAAAAAACUUGCAGAAAAUUAA